GAAAGUAACGUGUAUUUUCCCCUCCCUGGCUUGCCCCGGAAGUAGUGCAGUCGGCGAGGGGAGUGAGGAAGAUGGCAGAGUCGGAAGAGGAGGUGAAGUUUUUGGUUCAAAGGGUUGUCAAAGACAUUGCCAACGCUUUUAGGAGGAACCCCAACAUUGAUGAGAUCGGAUUGAUUCCAUGUCUUGAAGCCAGGUGCAACCGGAGUCCAGUAGUGCUGGUGGAAAAUAAACUUGGUCUAGAAAGCUGGUGCGUUAAACUACUCUUGCCCUUCAUUCAUAGUAAACUUGUUCUCUACCGACAGAGAAAACUGUGGUUGGACAGGGAUGCACUGACUGAUCUCACUUGUACUCUACUGCUGCUAAAUCCAGACUUCACUACAGCUUGGAAUGUCAGAAAAGAACUUGUACAGCUUGGAGCCUUGGAUCCCAUUAAAGACUUGUACCUUGGAAAACUGGCCUUAACAAAGUUCCCUAAAAGCCCAGAGACUUGGAUCCACAGGCGCUGGGUAUUUCAGAAGUUCAUUCAGGAGCUCUGCCUUCCAAAUUCAAGGAAUAACUCAGGAGUCAUCUCAAUAGAACAAAUGCAUCGAAUAAUCCAGGAUGAGAUGGCCGUGUGCUCUGCAGCUGCUGGGAGGUACCCGAGUAAUUAUAAUGCCUGGUCCCACCGGAUCUGGAUCCUGCAGCAUGUGGCAAAGUGCAAUCUCAAGAUUCUCCUUGAUGAGUUGUCCAACACCAAGUACUGGGUAUCCUCCCAUGUGUCUGACCACAGUGGCUUUCAUUACCGUCAGUUCCUGCUGAAAUCUGUGGUGGGCAAUUCCAGGAAAACAGUGGUUCCAAGCACUGGGGGUCUCGGGAGGACAUCUGUGCACAAAAACCCCCACGCUGACCUUUCCACACACAGAGGGGAGGAGGGCACACCUGGGGGAGAGUACACUGCUGAUGUGCCCCUCAUAAUUGAAGAGGAAAUGGAGCUUUGCUCCGAUCUCAUCGAGUCUUAUCCAGGACACGAGGCGCUGUGGUGUCACAGGAGGUCGGUGUUUUACCUUUGGCACUGCUGGAACAGAGAUCACCUUCGGGUCUUGGCCGACCCCUGCAGCAGGAGCGAGGCGACGGCGAACAGCUUCCAGCUGGCUGCUGCCUCCAGUUACCCCCCUCACUGCAUGGACAUUGACGGGGCGGCUGGCUCGUCCAAGCAAAGCUACACCCAGGAGACCAAGCGCUUGAAACGCGGCCCCUCGCUGGACUUGCACAGCCUCGUGGACGAGCAUCGCUUUGUUGACACAAUCCUUUUAGGCUGUACUAACUCGGAGCAGGCCAGGUUUGCCUCUGCUUACAGGAAAUGGUUAGACACAGUAUUUUGUCAGUAGCAGCUGGAGAAUACUCAGCCAUAUUGCGGUUAGUCUUAAAUCCAGCUCCCAACACAGUUCUGUUUUGACCACCGAUGUUGCAUGGCGCUUUUUUUGUAAAGUUAAUUUUCAGUACUGUGCCAGCCCCAUUUUAAAAUGGGGCUGAACUGAAACUGACCCUAAAAUAAAAACAAUGUUCGUGGAGGCUUUAUGUAGAGAUGAGAUUUGUAAACUAAUAAUACAAACUCUAGCUGGUUUUUAAACUUCAGUGUUAGAGGUAUACAAGUUUGCAAAUGAAAAAUGUACACUCGUACAUUAUCUAUUUUUUUGUUUCCUUGAGCGAGUUAUCCACGAAUAGGUUUUUGUUUUGUAAAUACAUUUAUAAUGGGAUGAACUUCCCAUUUUUCCUCCUCUGCUUGCUAGGAGGACUAAGCCUAGUAAGACUUUGUUCUCUCGUCACUAUAAACUAAAUUACCCCUGUUGUUAUUCCACACUCUUCUUCAGAUAAAUAACAGGGAAUGGUGCCAUCUGAUCCUUUUAACCAGAACCCUGUCCAAUCCCCAAAUAAAAUCUUAAUACAUGACUCAGAAAGGAUGCAGCACAGCUCGAGCUCGUUGGGUCUAUUCUGCCUGAACCAAUUGGUGCAAGAGACUCUGGGGCUUUUGAGAAAAUUUAGAUAUGAGUAUGCUUUCAGAACCCUUCCAGGUAGCACCAACUGGAGUACCUUUUUAAAGAAAGGAUAAAUUUGCUGCAUCUCUUUCUCCCCUCCCCCACCCCCCAUCACCCCAGCUCUUUUUUGGUGCAAUUUGAGCAGUAAUAUUUGCACAGUUAAUCCAGAAUGAGCUCAUUGCUGUCUAGGAUGUUGUACUAGUUGGUGAAUUCAGUAAAGCGUUUUGUUUAAUGUAAGUUUAAGUAAGGGGGGGAACUUAUUCUGAAGAGAGCUUAAAAAAAGAACUUGAAUUUUUGAUACCUUGAAAAGGUGUAGUUUUUAAUUUUGUAUCAGUAUUAGUUUACGCCAAUCUAUACAGGUACUGUUGUAUUCAGAGGGCGAGCUGUUGCUGACUUCUUGUCUAUAAGACAGGAGUAAAAAGAAUUGUCCUGUUAUGGUUUAUCAAACAACAUAGCAUCUCGUUAUGACUUGUUGGACUGAAUGGCCUCCUGUGUUGUGCCAGCUGAUAGGAGAACAAUGCCUUUGGUUUCAUUCCCUCUAAUUCCCACACAUCCUUAAACCCCCUUUGAUUCUGUUUGCCAUUUAACUACACUAAAGAAUUAAUAUUUGUAUUGUCAAAUAAACUUAUUCAGCAUGUGUUUUGGAGGAGACUGAAGCACAUUGGGGAAACCGAGAGAAUGUUCAAACUUCUCAAAUGCAGCACCCAAAGUCGGGAUGGAACCCAAGUAACUGAGGCAGCAGUAAAUAACUGAAGUUGUACCGCUCGCUCUCUCUCGUGCUGAUGAGGUAAAUUCAGUUGGAGCUAACAAGUUUCUCAGGCUGUUGUGACGUUUACCCAACAGCUUCCAGCUGGGUUUACCUGACUGUGCGUUGUAAUACCGUCAUCUAGAGAAAAGCAGAAUUUGGUUUAUAAAACACUAAUUCCUAUGCUGCAGCUAAAGGGUUCUCCUCUGGGUUGAAGAGUAAAAUGUGUUGGGUAAAUUUGGACAGUCCAAAAAUGCAGAAUCAGAAGCAGGAGUUUGUGUUGUGACCUCCCAAACAAGUCCUCUCCAUUGCCUACUUACCCACCCAGUUCCUGUGUUCUUGAAAAAUGGAGCUCAGCCUUGUAUGUACCCAGUGGCUAAACAUCCAGUGCUCUCUGUGCAGUGGACUUGCUACCCUCUACAUUAAGAAAUUUCUCCUUAUCUGAUUUUUCAUCCCACCUUUCAUUGUGUGGUUAUGCCCCUUUGUCAAAGUUAGUCCAGUCAGGAUUAUCUGCAGUUGGUCCCCUUCACGGUGCGAUCAUGUUUCAUUCUUCCAGACUCUCAUAAACAUGGGUCCACGUUACCUAAUCUCCUCAGAACCCCACCCCACCCCUCCCA